AUGACGACUGACAAUAAGCCCCCUUUCGGAGAGCAUCCAUUGAAGAUCUCAGCAUUUACUUUCGCCGGACUUGCUAUGAUGCUUAAUAUUCGUCUAGUUUACAGUGCUGCUCCAUAUGCAUUGUUGAGGUUUAAACUACCUGAGAACCUUUUCAGUGUCUUCGUAAGGAUUAUGGCUGGAUCUUUAGAGCUUUGGUGUCUACCAAGUAUGACAAUUGCUAACGUUAUGGACUAUUUUAGACGACGACUUCUUAGUGAUGAUAACUGGAAAGAUUGGUACUAUCACUAUCAAUCUAUAUUUUGGUCUUGGGCUAACUUCUUAACAUUUGUCAUAUUGUGGAUAUCAUUUAUCAUUGGUGGUGAGGCAGGUAAUGUUACGGCGUUUUACUGGGUUGUGGCAGCAUCUGGCUUUGUGUUCGGUAUUAAUAUGGUUAUGGUAUAUGCUAUGGAGUUUCAAUACCUCCCAUGGUAUAUGAUUGGUGAAAACUCCUUCCCAAUGGUGACCUCACUGAUGCAUUAUGUUGGUACUUUAUUCUUUGGUAAUAGAAGGAAGUGGAACAGUGACUACAUCAUUGUCACUAUUGAUAUUGUGAUAUCAUUGGCAAUAUCCCUCGUUGCAGCUGUACUGUGGACUUGGGCCUAUUGGGACGCUAAGAAUGAUGGAUAUCCACCUUCUGAUCCUAAUCAGAGAGUUUGCAAAACCUUCAGUGUUUCUGGUACUACUGACCUGACAUACUCACUAAAUCCUAACUAUGCAGAUAGCCAUGCCGAUGGUACCGAUAACUGUGGUUAUAAGAAGUCUUAUGCUUAUUGGUUACACUUUAUACCGCCAAGUCUUAUGGUUCUUAUUGGCAUGGGUCUAGUAUACUGUAUAUAUCCUGGCAUUGCACCUGGUAUGAUUGUACCAUUCUAUCUAAUUGAUAAAAUUGAAAUGGUACUUCUAAUAGCAACAGCAUUUCCACCAGUAAUCAUUGGUAUAAUGAAACAAUAUAAGAUUAAUCCAUAUAUACCUAUGGGUAACUGGGGAACAUAUCACAAGAAGGCUUGUAAAGGUGGCAGUAAUCUGGAAAGUGGAGGUGGUACUACUGAACAAUGCAAAUGCCCAAAUGGUUCCAGCAGCUCUAGCUCAAGUGCAAUACUAAGACUUCAUAAUACUACUAUCAAAGCCUCUGAUGGCCUUAUAGCCAUUGCCACAAUCAAAGUCACCAACAGUACUGGUGGUGGUACUCCUUAUACUGGUCUCAUCAACACAAUCAACAAUGGUACUCUCAGCAAAACCGGUGAUCUCAAGAUCAACACGAAGCUUCAGGUUGGUGAGAUACUAACACUCAGUGGUCGAGGUACUGCUAAUGGAGGUAAUGAGAUCAAUAUUAAAGGUACCAUAAUAGUUACUAGCCCUGGAUCUCUUGGACAAACCAUAACUCUUGAUGGUCUUCUAGCUGGAACUCUAACCCUCAGUGAUGCUCUUGCAGGUAGUAUCAAUGUAACCAAAGAAACUACUGGUGAUAGUCUCAACGCCAAUACUCCAAGUGCUCUCGGUGGUAUCACUGUAAAUAUCGGUGGUAGUGGUGUUACAGGUAAUGCGACCAUAACAAUCACUGCUACCAAAGAUAGAGAUGAUCUCACAUCCAUAAGUGAACAGGUUAACAUAAGAGAUAUCAAACUGACCAAAGCUGAUGGUGGUGCACUCCGCAUAAAUACCACUGCUCUCAAACCAAAUGACACUCUAAACCUCAUUGGUACUGCCACUGCCACUAGAUUCACAAAUAUCAAGGUGUCUGGCAUGAUCACAAUCACUAGUGGUAAUGGUACACUUGGAAACACUAUAACAUUCACUGAUGAUGUUACUAGUUCAGGUGCCCUGACCCUCGCUGAUGAUCCUGAUGGUGAGUCUGUCAAAGUCCAGACUGGAGGUACUCUAACCCUCCAAGCUAAUAUUUUGACCGUUCUCCAAAAUACUAACUUUAGUCUCAUCAGUCCUGGUAGUGACAAACGUGUUCUUACCUAUGAACCUAGACUUGUUACCGAAUCCAGAAUCACUAUAGGAAUCAAAACCUCCACCAUUGGGAAGGUAACUCUAAGUGGACUUUCACUAAUACCCGUAUGUAUCACCAGUACUAACAAUUUCAGUGCCACUGCUGAUCUAUCCCUAACCCACAACCAAAGUGCUUCUACUGAUCUCAAAACUACUGGUGGACUCACCAUCAACAGCACGAGCCUCAGCGGUGCCACUGUUACAAUCACCAAAGACGAAAAGGACAAAGUCGCUAGUCUCUCCAAUGGUGAUCUCCAAACCAGUACCAAUCUCGUUCCAGGUGACACACUAACCCUCACAAUCACUAAAAGUAGUACCGAGACCAAACUUGAAGGUAAAAUCACUGUAACAUCACCAGGAAACCUCAAUGGCAAUCUAACACUCAAAGGUGGCCUCACAGGAACCAUCAGAGAUCUAAGUGUUCGUGGCGGAACUCUCACCGCCUCGAAUGUUAAUAUCACCAAUCUGAAGUAUGAUCCUGAGGAGUUCCAUGUCAAUCACGAAUCUACUCAUUGCUGUUUCUGGGGUGGUAAGGUCUUUAAGUGGUCUGACACUAAUCCUAAGAAUGUUCCAUGGCAUAUUCCUGUAAUUCUAGGUCCAUUUCAAAUCUGUCUAGCUGUUGUAUUAGUUUAUUCACUUCACUACACAGACUCCAACAUAUCUAGAUCCAUUGUUAAUCAACCCAAAAUGUCAACAGCGCUCUCCAUUAUAUUUUAUAUGUGUCAUGAAAUUCAGCUUGCUUUGGGGUUCCCAGGUAUAGCUUCUGAUCCUAACAUUCUUCUUCCAAUGCAACUGAUAGGUGCAUUCCUUAUGGUACUUCUUGCCUUCUAUUCUGUAGGAUAUAUAACUGAGUAUAAGCGUAAUGAUCCUUUAAAUUGGCCAACAGACGGCAUGACAACCUGGAAUUCCCUGUGUUACUGGUUAAAGAUGGCGAGCAAAAUUACCAAUAAAAAUUUCAAACAAUUGUUUACAACUGAAACAAGUUGA